AGCAGAGAAAACUGAUUUAAUUGAACUAUUCAAAAUUAUUGUGUGAAAUUCAACAACUUCUAUAAUAUUUUUAGAUUGUUGCUUUACAUUUUUAAAGCUCCUUUGCCUUACGGGUUUCUGCUUUGGUCAAAAUUUACUGAUUUUUUUUAUUUUGAAGGAAAAAAAGUUAAUCAUGUGGAAUAUGAGUAAUGAAAUUGUGAUUGUGCCAUGCUAUAAAUAAAGAAUAUACUUGUCGUCACUCACUGUGUUGUGAUAUUGGUGUCACAAAUCUACUUAGAGGUCCGUUAUGCUUAAUGUUCUUGCUGCAUUUUGAUCAUUAUCUCUGUUUCCUGCCACAGAAGCACUGAAGAUACAGAGAAAAAAUGUUUUUAUGGUAAAAGAAACAUUUGAAACAUGCCCCCUCCUCUGUGUGGCUCCUUCACCACAUUUCCUCACAACAAGGAAAAAUUCAAAGCACCAAGAAAAGGUUUUCAUCAUGGGGGUCGCGACCCUGCAGGAGGGAUGUGAGACUUAUGAAUAGACAUUUUUGGUAUGUCUUCAUAAAAUCCAAGGUCACAUUAUUAAUCACACAUUGACAUCAAUCUAAUAUGUAACAGUUUUUAAAAAGGAAACAUAAAGUAACAAGUUUCAGACAAAACAUCUCAAAUUCUUUGAGCAAAAUUCUGUUUAUUAUGAUAAAGUGUUUGCAUUAUGUUUGCACUGGAUGCAGAACUACAUUUUGUUCUUUUCAGUCACAUUAGUGGGUCAUAACUUUUAUAUUCAAGCUGAUGUCUAAGGGUUCUGGCUCUGCUUCUCCAUCAGUUAUGAUCCCAUAUGGUGUCUCUGGAAAACAUAGAACUUUGUCCCAAAGUUACUGGACUUUGGGACCUUUCACACUAAUAAACUGUAAAAAAAAAAAAAAAAAUUAUGCAAAAGGCUCUAAUAUGUAAAGAUGCAGAAUUUCUUAAAACAUUUCCUGCUGCAUUUUGAUCACUAUCUCUGCUUCCUGCCACUCAUCUCACCACACCGAAGCUCUGAAGGCAGUGAAGAAAAAACCUGCACAGUGAAGCAAAAAACAAAAAAACAAAAAGAUGAUGGUCCAAUGUUCAACCGUGUGAAUGUUUGGUACGGAUGACAUUUCAGUGCAGCUGCUGGUGAAAUGUCUUUUUAACAUUUCUAACAUCGAACCAAUACGUCACGACUGCAGAUCUGUUCAUUUUAGAGGUUGGAUUGACAUCCUGGUAAAGAUAUUGAUUUUUGAGAAGUACAUACGAAGAAAUGGGAUUUGAAGUUUAUCUUAAUGUGAUGAUUUGGAUGGACGUCCGUGUUUGUUUCCCCUUCACUCUGCUGGCCAUCGGUUUGUGUCGCAUGGUUCAUUUUGACAACCUUCCUCCCAUCUACUACACAAACCUCCUCACCGCCAAUGCAGUCCAGCUCAUCACUCUGAUUGCUACUGUUGGAACAAAAAAUGGACGUUUUCCAAAUGCCGCAUGUCUCAUAAUCUACGGUGGUGUUGCGAUGGUCAGUCUGUACCUCAGGAUGAUCAUCGCCCUGGAAAGGUGUUUUUUCAUCAUCCAGCUGCCUUUCAUCAGACAAACUAAAUAUUCUUUAAUAAUCUGUGUUUCUGUCUGGGUUUUCUGCAUGGGGCUUUUUCCUCUUCUGGUAAUUUUUCACUACUUUUCAGUCAUCUUUGUUUUUGCUCUCAUUCCUUCUAUCAUCUCCCUCUUGUGUCCACUCGGGGCCUUCAUAUCUCUGCCUAGAGCCGCCUCAGGAUCUCCGGAAGGAAAACGUAGAAUAAUUGCAACUUUUGUUCUGUUGCUGAUUAAUUACUCUGUAACAAUUGUCCCACCAGUUAGUUUUUUGACCUUUAGAUCAGAUUAUUAUUAUAUGUAUGAGGAUACACAGUUUUUUAUGACCUUGUUUCUGCUCAGUCCUUUCAUGGAUCUGCUUCUGUUCGUUUUCUUGCGUGAAGGACCCGUCGACCAGCUGCUGGCCUGUUUCUGCUGCUGCAAGAUGGAAACACCUGCAGUAGAAGAUGGCAGCAGAUUAUCUAUCUGA